AUGCGCAUUAAGAAAAUAUCCAAAGUUAUUUCAUUUGAUCAAGCCUUUUGGCUUAAGGACUGGGUGCUGUACAACAACAUUUUACGCCAGCAGGCCACAAGCAAGAUUGAGGGAGACUCUGCCAAGGCUGCAAAUAACUCCACAUAUGGAAACUUUACACUUCAAAAAUUUAAAUACCAGAAAUUGGAUUUAAUAUAUUCAAAGGAGAAAUUUGAAAAAAGCUUUAGGACUCGAAAUGUUACCAACUGGCACAUAGUAAAUGAAAACCUGUCGCUGCUCACAUUCAGACCAAAAAAAGUAACCUUAGACCGAAUGCUAAUUACUGGUUUUUCGAUUCUAGAUCUUAGCAAACUCUUGUUUUAUUCUUUUUUCUAUGAUCGUCUAAAGCCUCUGUUUGGCCCUAGAGUGCGUGUCUAUUACGCUGACACGGACUCGGUUUUGAUUAGAGUCGACGACCCCCACUUCUACGAAAAGAUGGCCGAAAUUAAAGAAUUCCUAGAUACCUCAAACUACGACAAGCAGCACUUUCUAUAUUCUCCGGAUGGUUAUCAGCGAAUGAUGCUGAUGAAAGACCAAUAUGGUGGCACACCAAUUGAGGUUUGCUACUGCCUCAGAAGUAAAAUGUAUCUAAUUAAAACCGCGGAUCAGCACAUCACUAAAAAGGUCAAAGGACUUUGUAGGCGGGCUGUGGAAAAGCGUGUUACUGAGGAAGAUUUUCACAGCUGUGUUGAGGGCCCGCGGCGAAUGCGGCACAUGGCAACAAAAAUAGAAUCAGAUGGUUUUGACUUAUACACCAAACAAUUAAGCCGCAUCAGCCUUUCUAAUUUUGAUGACAAAAAUUUCGUAUUGUCUGAAAAGGAGGUCGAGCCUUACGGAUACCGAGAGCGGCGUGGACCAUGCUAG